AUGUCUGAAAUUAAGACAACUCUGAAGAGGCUAAAAACAGGGAAAUCACCUGGUUAUGAUGCCAUACCAGCUGAAAUGCUUAAAUUCAGUAGUCCACAUAUUAUUGCAGCCCUUCAUAAAUUAUACAACCAUGUAAUGGAGAAAGGAGAAUACCCUGAAAUAUGGAACAUUAAUGCCAUUACACCAGUUCACAAAAAAGAUGAUUCACUAAAUCCAAAUAACUACCGUGGGAUAUCAACUAACAGCGCAAUAGGAAAAAUCUUCAGCAUGAUUCUAAAUGACAGAAUAAACCAGUAUCUACAUGAUAAUGAUAUUAUUCACAAGAACCAAGCUGGUUUCAGGAAAAAACAUAGGACAACAGACUAUAUCUUAACACUGCAUACCAUGGUCAAAAAAUACCAAUCAAUGAAUAAGCCACUUUAUUGUUCUUUCAUUGACCUGAAAAAAUGUUUUGAUACAGUUUGGAGAUCAGGACUACUGUAUAAAUUGCAAGCCAAUUGCCUUAAUGGCCGUCUCUAUAACAUCAUCAAAAGUAUGUACAAUAACAUUAAAUUCUAUGUUAAAUUGGAUGACAAGAUGACACCAGCAUUUCAGACUGAUAACGGAGUAAAGCAAGGCUGUCCACUUAGUCCUACUCUCUUUAGUUUAUUUAUUAAUGACUUAGUUGAACUAUUAGACAGUACAGCCAUUGAUCAACCAGUACUAGAUGGACUAACAAUAUCCAGCCUCCUCUUUGCUGAUGAUAUAGUUAUCACUUCAACAUCUAAAGAGGGACUCCAGUCUUCCAUUAAUCAUCUACAUGACUAUACUAAUAAGUAG